AUGGAUCAGAAUCAGCACCCAUAUACAAAUAAUACGGUGUAUAAUUCUAGCAUUCAAAUUCCUUUGAUUCCGGGCGGAUCUGGAUUUGACCCGAAUGUAUUACUAGGACAUGAUUUGGAGGGGGCUAAUGAUGAUCUUGUUUUAUUUCCAAAUGUCCAGGAGUAUGCGGAGGUUGGGUAUGCGGAGGGGAAGAAUCGGGUUAAUGGCGAUGCUACUGGCUACAUGAAUGGUGAUAGAGAGGGUCCUUAUGAAACUUUUGUUCGUGGUCCCAAUCCCACACCGAAUACGGAUUGUACGUCGCCGAUUAUUAUGCCUGAUGAAGGUAGUGGCAAUGUGAGCGUGAAGGCUAUGUCUCCAACGUUAGAGCAGUUUGAUGAUGGUUAUGUGAAGGAGAAGAAGAAGGCUCAGAAUAGGGCUGCUCAGAAGGCUUUCCGUGAACGUAAGGAAGCCAGGCUUAAGGAGUUGGAGCAAAGAUUGAAGGAGAGCGAAGAGAAUAGGGAUGCUUUGAAUAAAGAGAUGGAGGAGUUGAAGAAGCAGAAUUUUGUUAUACAUAACGAGAAUAGGAUUUUGAUGCAAAGAAAGGGUAGCUCUUUACCUGGGGUUGUAGCUGACCCAGAGAAGGAAAGAUUCACAUUUCCACCCAAGGAUGACAGUACAGAACUUCAACGGGAGAUAGAAAAGGAGCUUUCUGCCGGGCGUGAUGCAGUUCGGUAUGUCGCCGAUGGUAAGAAGUUACUCACUGUUCCUGCGACAUGGGAGUAUCUGCAUGAACUGUCGCUGGAUAAGGAUAUCGACGUUUAUUUGAUUAUGCAGAAAUUGAAGGGCACGGAAGUCUGCCAUGGUUAUGGCCCUGCAUACACAAGGGCUCGCAUAGACUCAUUAGUGGAGGAAUGUUUGCAAAGUAACAGCAAUAAGGCAUACCAAUAA